GAAUUUUUUGCUAUUUUUUUAUUUUAGCCAGCGAAUGUAAAUUUAACAUUUUCUGUUUUAGCCUUCUGUUAUCAUUCUUCAUUGAUAACUUAUAAAAUGUCAGUAACAUUACAUACCGACGUAGGCGACAUAAAAAUUGAACUUUUCUGUGAAGAUUGCCCUAAAGCGUGCCAAAAUUUUUUAGCCUUAUGUGCUAGCGAGUACUACAAUGGUUGUGCCUUUAUACGGAAUAUAAAAGGUUUCAUUGUACAAACUGGUGAUCCUACGAAUACAGGAAAAAAUGGAAAAUCAAUUUGGGGAGCAAAAUUCGAAGAUGAAUUCAAAGACACGCUCAAGCAUUCCGAUCGCGGGAUGAUCUCAAUGGCAAAUAAUGGGCCGAAUGCAAACUCUAGCCAGUUUUUCAUUACAUACGCGGCACAACCUAAUUUAGACCUUAAGUACACCCUUUUUGGAAGAGUAAUUGAUGGAUUCGAUGCUUUAGACGAAUUGGAAAAACUACCAGUGAAUCCGAAAACUUAUCGUCCUCAUAUUGAGAAGAAAAUCAACAGUGUUACUAUACAUGCGAAUCCCAUAGCCGGAUAAAGACGGCAAUAGUGGAAUUAUUAGUAUUUAUAAAAAUAAUAUUGAUAAAUGAAUCCGUGGCGUGGAUGAAAUACAAGAUAUUUAUAUUUUGUUUUGCACAAUACAAU